AUAAACGUAGCACUUCUUUGUAAAUCACCAACAGCCUAGUUAGUAGCCCCAGCAGUGAUUUCUGGAAGUUGUGGAGGAGACGGAGACUCCGUGACUCAGUUCCUGCCUACUGAGGUCUCACACGGGGUUUGGUAAAUAGUGACUUAAACAGAGACGGGACAUUUACCCCUUGAGUCCUACAUUGUGUCUUCAUCAAAUCUAAAAAUGUCUGGACUCUGCUCAAAUGAGAAAUUCAUUGCAAUGGUCCCUAAGAGAAGGAGACGUGAUGAAGAUGUCACUGCUCUGUCAGGUUUCACCCAGAAGUUUCCUAAAAUUAUAGAAAGUUUCUCCCAUGAAGGUCUCCUCAAGCUGACAGAGUAUUACAAGCCUCAGCUAGUCUAUGUGAUUGAAUAUGACAUCACCAGCAUCCUGCAGAACAUGGUCACCAAGAACAUCCUUGCCAACAGUGAGGCAAAGAUAGUUAAAGCCCAGGAACAGACUGAGGGGCGAGCAGGUGUGGAGUCCUUCAUCAACAACUUAAUGAAAAGGGAUAGAGUGGUGCUGGUCAGCUUGUGGGAGGCCCUGGUUGAAGAGCUUGUGAGAUUUCCAUCACCAAACCUGACAAGAAUACUGAUGGAGGUGACAGAGGGAGGAUGUGGCCUCUUGCAGGAGAUUCAUUGCCCUUUUGUUUACAUUCAUAUUAAAGACCUCUAUGAGAAACACAAAGAGACAGUAUCUGAAUCUACAAGAACUCUAGAGCAUCAGCCUUCUUCAGUAGAUCCACAGUCCAGAGCUGCAGACUUUGAGACUCAUUAUACUGAGCUAAUGGUCAUUAAUCAGUACAGAAGAACCUAUAAUGAGACUCACUAUGAACUUCUGAAGACUGGGACGACUCAUGCAAAGCUGAUAGAGGAGCGAACCAAAGAGAAAUGUGAGCGGGUCUGGACUGAGCAGCUUUUCAGAAGGAGUCCAGGAAGUGAAACUCCUCCCCACAUUGUAGUGGUCAGUGGAGUGGCAGGAAUUGGUAAAACCACUAUGAUCCAGAAGAUCAUGUUUGAUUGGGCCAGAGGCACUCAGUACCAGAGUUUUACAUUUGUUUUCUUGUUUAAAUUCAGAGAACUCAACCUCCUAGACAAUGCAAAUGAACCACAGAUGCCUCUAUUGAGGCUGAUUGCCAGGCACUAUAAAUAUCUGAAUGACAAAAGACUGAAACAAAUCCUGACUAACCCUGGAUCUCUCCUUUUUAUAUUUGAUGGAUUGGAUGAGUAUAAACACAAACUAGACUUUACACACAGGCAGUUCUGCACAAACCCAGAUGAUUACUUCCCUGUCCGCAUCCUGGUCAGCAGUCUGGUCUGCCAGACAUUACUGAAGGGCUGUUCCAUCCUGAUCACAAGCAGACCAACAGCCCUAGAGGGUUUGGACAUGGAGAGAGUUGAUCGAUUUGCAGAGAUCCUGGGGUUCUUCCCUGAACAAAGGCUGAUGUAUUUUAAGAAGUUCUUUGACAAUGCUGAUCUGGGCAGUGAGGCUUUUCAGUAUGUGGAGGAGAACACCAUCCUCUAUACCAUGUGCUUCAACCCCUCAUUCUGCUGGAUUAUCUGCUCUGUGCUGAAGAGCCACUUCAUGACACCUGAAGAGGAGCAAGGAGUUGCCCCCAGAACUGUCACUGAGCUCUUUGUGAUGUUUCUUCACAACAUCCUGACCAAUCACAAGCGAGAAUCUGAAGACCAGCGGGGGAUUCUGGUCAAACUGGGAAAGUUGGCUUAUUAUGGGGUGGCCAACAAAACGUAUGUGUUUUAUGACAAGUUUGAGAUGUCUACCUUUGGUCUUCGGCCAUAUUUAACCUGUCCAUUCCUCUCUGGGUUCCUCAAAGAAAUCCUGCAGAGAGAAAGCACCCUGGAGUACACGACAUACACAUUCUUCCACCUCACCCUACAGGAGUUUAUUGCUGCCUGCUACUUUUACCUUGAUCCAUCAGGGGACAUUGAGGAUCUGCUUUUGAAGCUGGAGUCAUGUAAAGAUGGUCGGUUUGAAAUUUUCACUCACUUCCUAGCAGGACUGGCCAGGUAUUGUGUUUUUAAAACACUGGGGGAAAUACUGGGUGACUUUCAGAGGAAGACAGCAAUGAGGAUCCUGGAAUGGCUGAAGCAGAAGGCUAAACGAGCUCUACUGGGCAAUGAUAAAAGUGAAGCUCUGCGAGUGUGUCAAUGGCUUUCUGAGACUCAGAAUAAGAAAUUAAUCAGAGAUGCUAUUGGGAAAGAUUUAAAGAUGGACUUCAGUAACACGACUUUAACUCAUAGGGACUCUGCUGUGCUGGGGUUAGUCAUAAGAUGCUGUGGAGAACUUCAGGAGCUUAACCUGUCAAAGUCAAAUCUCAGUCCAGAGAGCAUCAGGAAACUGGCACCAUAUCUUACUUACUGCAGAUGUGUCAAACUGCCAUUAUGUCAUCUCUCCUGUGGAUGUUGUGAAGCCCUCUCCAUGGCCCUCUGUAAAGAACAAUCAAACCUGACAGAGCUGCAUCUGGAAAUGCAUAAACGGAGCAGUUCAGAGCUGCACUUGGUGUGUCAGACACUGCAGAACUCAAACUGUAAAGUAAAGAAACUUAGGUUGGACAAAUGUCACCUCACCUCUGGAUGUUGUGCAGCUAUCUCUUCAGUUUUAUGUUCUAAACAUUCCCACCUGACGGAAUUAGAGGUGAACUUCAGUGAACUGGAGCAUUCAGGAGUAUGUCUGCUGUGUGAGGGUCUGAGGAAGAAAAACUGUAAAUUUGAAAAACUGAGGCUGUGUCCAUGUGGUUGCACCUCUGAAUGUUGCGAGGCUCUUUCUUUGGCACUGUGUGCUGAACACCCACAUCUGAUUGAGCUGGAACUGAAGAACAUUAAUCUGGAGGAUUCAGAAGUGCAUCAGUAUUUGUGAGGGGCUGAAAAGCAAAAACCAUAAAUUAUUGAAACUGGGGUGUGUAAAGCUUGUGUGCAUCAUUUAUGAAAAGUUUAUAGUUAUGUAUUUUAAUUCAUAAAAUAAAAACUGAUGCUGAAUUUA